ACGAUGCGAGGCAGAGAAAGAUGAACCCUGUGAGCCUGGUGGCUGCUGGUCGGACAACGUUGCCGAAUUCAUACUGAAUAUGUCGAUUAGUUUUAAUAGCAUGUAACGUUUAACUGAGCAGGAUAACUGACUUCCUCGCCACCAGGACGGACACAAACCAGAGCAACGAUGGCCGGCGAAAAUGUGAGUGUGGUCUUCAAACUGUACUGCCUCACGGUGAUGACACUGGUGGCAGCUGCAUACACAGUGGCACUGCGAUACACAAGGACCACCUCGUCAGGAGAUAUGUACUUCUCCACAACUGCAGUGUGCAUCACUGAGGUCAUUAAAUUAAUACUGAGUCUGGGGAUGCUCACGAAAGAAACAGGAAGUCCCGCCAGACUGAAGAAUGCCUUAGUGGAACAUGUAUUCUGCAGUCCGAAAGAACUGCUGAAGCUGAGUGUGCCCUCAGUAGUGUAUGCAGUUCAGAACAACAUGGCCUUUCUUGCCUUGAGCAACCUUGAUGCAGCAGUUUAUCAGGUGACCUAUCAGCUGAAGAUCCCGUGCACAGCCUUGUGUACAGUCCUCAUGCUGAACCGCUCUCUCAGUCGGCUGCAGUGGUUCUCCGUCUUCAUGCUCUGCGGAGGCGUAACGCUCGUCCAGUGGAAGCCUGCAGAGGCCACUAAAGUCCAGAUUGAACAAAAUCCGCUUGUUGGCUUCAUGGCCAUUGCUAUUGCUGUCCUUUGCUCUGGAUUUGCAGGUGUGUACUUUGAGAAGGUACUGAAGAGCUCAGACACAUCUCUGUGGGUGAGAAACAUCCAGAUGUACCUGUCUGGAAUCGUGGUCACCCUGAUUGGUGUUUACGUGAACGAUGGUAAAAAGGUGGUGGAGAAUGGCUUCUUCUUCGGUUAUACACCCUGGGUGUGCUUUGUAGUGUUCUUGGCCAGUGUGGGUGGCCUCUACACAUCGGUGGUGGUGAAGUACACAGACAACAUCAUGAAGGGCUUCUCCGCUGCAGCCGCCAUCGUCCUCUCAACUGUGGCGUCUGUCAUGUUGUUUGGACUAAAGAUAACGACCUCGUUUGCCUCUGGAGCCAUGCUGGUGUGUAUUUCCAUCUACCUGUACGGACUUCCAAAGCAAGACACGUCCAAGCUGAGCAGGCAAGACGUGGACAGCGAGUCCAAACAAAAACUGAUCACUGUGUGAGUCACCGACCUGCAGCAGAGGAGUCUGUCUCGCUGGUGGACCAGGUCUGUGUUGGGGUUAUCUUUUCAAGGGACCUAGAAAAGCUCCUGCACCGGGGAGAUCAGGGAGCCAAAUGAACACUAAGUUGAGUUGGCUCUGUGUCCACCUCAUCACAGAGACACCAGCUUUUGUUCCACUUAAAUGUAGGUCUGCUCCCUCUGUCCAGCCCACGUCCACCCAUGUGGGACUGGUGACAGUAUUAUGAAUAUAUAGUAUAUUUCAUUUAUAAAAAAACACUUUUUUUUAAACUGACAAUUAUAGAUAGCUGCUUUUUAAGUUUGUAAAUAAUCAGAAACAAUCAAUGAAGUCUUGCAUUUCAUCAUCAGCCAUGCUGGAGCGAUAAGUAGUAACAAGAUAAAUAUCUGCCCAUAAGUAUCACAACUCCUUAUCAAUCAGUAGUCUGUUUUACACUGUGCAGUGUUAGUGUCUCAUGUCCAUAUCACAUAGUGCUGAUUCUGAAUGUGCCCAACUCACAAGAAGACAUACUUGAAGGAAGGAUGACGACAGAUUGCAUGUGUGAUUAUGUUUAUAGUAUCAUCUCUCCAGCAUCUCGUUAUAUUUUGUAUCACAUCUGUGUUGCCUUCUGUUCUGAAGCUUUUAUUAAAACUGGAUGGGAGUAAAAGAGACAGCUACUAUUUCUACUCAGAAUGUACACAACCCUACCACUGUACUCUCAGCUGAUCGUUCCUUUAUUCUCCCCUUUAACAGUGAUUGUCCAAUUGUAGCUGAGCAACCAUAACUUGGCUCAGCGCGUACAUUUAAAGAGUUUGGAGGGCGGUUUCUCUUUUGUUCAGCCUUUCCAAAUCAGCCACUGUUGUUGAUCUGUACCCUGUUAUACAUACAGGCGGAUUAUUAUUUUGCCUACACCCAUUUAUAUCAAUGAAGGUAGGCUAAAUAACAGUAACACUUCUGUUUUUAAUCAUUUUAUCCAUGAGCUUAGAAGCAUCAAUACUUUGUCUUGUUCCCAUUAAACAAGUCAGCUACUCCAUUUAUUGUUUUACAGUAAAUUGUUUGAAAUAUUCUGUUUAUACUGAGAAAAGCCUUCAGGUGCAACUCAUCUGAACCACUUAUACCAUUCUUCUGUUAACUGUACUGUUAUAACGUGCCUCUCAUUACUAUCAGGUUACCCACUGACGUUAGUCAGCAGCGCAUCAACAGUGAGUAUAAAAUGAGUCGAGCUGCAUCACUCUGCUCUGAUUUUACACAUUUCCAGCAUCAGCAACAGUCAAUAUGAAACCAAAGUGACUCACUGAGGAGUAACUUUCUUUGAUUUACACCUGAGUAUAAUCUGUGUGAGUGGAAAAUACCUGAGACAAUAGUAGGAAAAGCAAAUCCUUCUGUGGGAGAGUUCAAUCAAUGGGGAGAUUUAAUUUUGAAAAUAUGUUUUUUAUUAUUUACAGUAGAAUUUAACUACAGCGGUGAACUAACACUGAUAAGGUAAUAACAAACUUUGUUAAGUUUCACAUUUUAUCAACUGGCGUGAUGCCCAGUAUCCUCAUCCCAUUGGCCAGGACUGAGCAGGCGGCGCUGAAGAGUCGUAACCUUGCCUGUUGACAUUUAGCAAAUGAGAUAAUAUACAUGUUUAAUUUUUGCAUUUAAGAGCAUUUUUAUUUGUUGUAAACAGUUCAUGACCAGGCUGAUAAGUGGUGUCAGCUAAACCUGAAGACGACUUUUCACUAUCUGUGGUCACUUUUUCUCUGCAUUAAAGGUCCAGUGUUUAGGAUUUAGUGGAAUCUAGCAGCGACUGCAACCAGACUGCAACCAAGUGAACAACCCCCGCCUAAAAAUGCAAAAGGCCCUCUCUAGAGCCAGAGUUCAGUUUCUGGGCACACUCUGGGGAAGAGGACCCACUCCCUCUGUAGAUAUAAAGAGCUCAUUCUAAGGUAAAGAAAACGCACUGAGCAUUAUUUUCAGGUAAUUAUUCACUCAUGAAAACAUACUUAUGAAUAUUCUAUUCCAUUUCUGCCAAUAGAUCCCCCUAAAUCUUACACACUGGAUCUUUAAGAGGCAGAUUUUUCUGUACUAUGAUAUAAAGACUGAAUUAUCAUUUUAUACUGAAAACACAAUCAAAUAGUGCGUUUUCUAUUUGCAACACUGGUAAUUUUAAUAACAGUAUUAGAAAUGUCUUAAAGUGUUCUUGUCAAAAAUAAAUGUGUUCUUCUGCCUGGGACAAAGCUACUGUCUAUAAGUGUAUACUUAAAGCAAGACUAACUUUUCAUUUGUAAGAAAAGGGUUAUUUGAAUUCUUUAGCAAUAAAAAUAAUUUUUCAGUUUAUUCUCUAGCUUAUGGUGGCUAAUGCUAGCACACUUUGGAUAGAUAUUGCAAUGGAGCUAACAUUACGGAGUCAGCUCGCUUGCUUGAUGACUCUCCUGUUCUUGUACUGCAGUUAAAAUGUCUUGCUUUAAUACUACGCAGACCACCAACAACUAGAGUUUAAACAAUACAGUAAUAAGUUUCAAAUAACAAUUUUGGUCUGACAAAUAUUUUCCUUGAAUUUGCAGCCAUCUGCAGAGAAUAGAAAAGUUACGUUCAUAGUGUACUGUAUGUCCUGUAUGUUGUGCCACAAAAUAAUGUCACAAUGCAGUCCAAACCUGCUGCAGAAAAUGUCUGAUUCACUGCAGAGGCUGAUAGAGGCAACCAAUUUGGAAAUCUUGUUGAUUUAUGGUAAUUACUUCAAUGUCUUUAGGAUGCUAAGGAUUUCCUGAUUAUACAACACUGAUUCCAAAAAGUCGGUAUGCUGUGUAAAACAUAAAUAAAACUGAAUGUGAUAACAGCACAAAAACAAUAUAUUCAAUGUUUGACCUCAUUAGCUUCAUUGAUUUUUGUAAAUAUUCUGGAUUUGAUGCCGCAACAUGUUUCACACAAGUUGGGACAUGAGCAACAAAAGACUGGGAAAGAUGUGAAAUGCUCC